AAUUCACAAACGCGUUUUCUCAAUGAACUCCCUUUCCUUCACUGUUUCUCUCUCUGUCUCUCUCUCUCUCACCCCAUGUUCUCUCUACUCUCUCUGCCAAACACAAAUUAUUAUUAUUAUUCUAGGGUUAGGGUUUUUAACAACAAAACCCCAUUUUCAAUAUUCAUAAUUUAAUCCACCAAGUUUUGAUUUUUUAGAUACCCGUUUAGAUUUAAUAUAAUGGGUCAUUUUCAAAAUCAAUUAUUUUUACUGUUUACUGUGUUUUUUGUCUUUCAUUUUUACCAUGUUUACAGUCAAGAUUCUGAUAAAUCAGCCCUUUUGGAGUUCAAGGCUUCUUUUUUGGAUCCUGAUGGAGUUCUGACAAGCUGGAAUUUGAGCAACCCAGAUCAUUGUUCAUGGAUCGGAGUCACUUGCGGGUCGGGUUCUCGGGUUGUGGCGGUUAAUAUUACCGGUGGAGGUAAUUCUGGUGGUGAAAUUCCUGUUGGGAUUUGGGGUAUGGAGAAGUUAGAAGUUAUUGAUCUUGAAGGGAAUUUGAUUAGUGGGAAUUUGCAGAGUCGGUUUAGUGGGUUAAGGCGUCUCCGGGUUCUUAAUUUGGGGUUUAAUCAGAUGUCUGGAGAGAUACCGGCUUCCUUGGUGGAAGUUAAGACUUUGCAGGUGUUGAAUCUUGCUGGGAAUCGGAUUAAUGGGUCGGUUCCAGCGUUUGUUAAUGUUUUUGGAGAUUUGAGAGGGUUGUAUUUGUCGUUUAAUCAGUUAUCUGGGAAUAUACCUAGUGAGAUUGGGUAUAAUUGUAGGAAUCUUGAACAUUUGGAGCUUUCGGGUAAUCUUUUGGUUGGUGGGAUUCCGACUAGUUUAGGAAAUUGUACUAAGUUACAAUCACUCUUGUUGUAUUCAAAUUUGCUUCAAGAAGAAAUCCCUGUUGAACUAGGUAGGCUUGAAGCGCUGCAAGUGUUGGAUGUAUCCAGAAAUAGUCUUAGUGGUGCAUUACCACGGGAGCUUGGAACCUGUUUUAAUUUAUCGAUCCUAGUGUUAUCCAACUUGUUGAAUCCUAUUCCUAUGGUUUUUAAUUCUGAUGACGAUUUGUCAGCAUUGGCUCCUGAAGAUGAGUUUAAUUACUUUGAGGGGACGAUACCUUCAGAAAUCACUACUCUUCCAAGUCUGAAGUUGUUAUGGGCACCAAGAACGACUUUAGAGGGAGUAUUUCCAGACGAUUGGGGAGCUUGUUCUAGCUUAGAAAUGGUGAACCUCGCCCAGAACCUUUUUGUUGGUAAAAUCUCCAAAGGGUUUGAUAGUUGCAACAAGUUGCAUUUUCUGGAUUUGAGUUCAAACAAGUUGACUGGUGAGAUCAGUGAUAAACUUCGUGUUCCUUGUAUGACGGUUUUUGAUGUCAGUGGUAAUCAUCUUUCUGGGCCAAUUCCGACUUUUCAUUACACUACAUGUGAACCUACCGAUCUUUCAACAACAUACCUUGGAUAUUUUACGUCAGAAACUGUAAGCCCGUUGUUGUUUCCGAACAACGUUGGAGAUCUUGCAAUAACCCAUAAUUUUGGGGGCAACAAUUUCACAGGCCAGUUAGCUUCUGUACCGAUUGCAAGAACAGGGGCGAAGACUGCAUAUGCUUUCCUUGCUGGUGAAAACGAGCUUACUGGUGAGUUUCCUGGAACUCUAUUUGAAAGUUGUGCAAAACUGAAAUCGAUGGUUGUUAAUGUGAGCUCCAACAUGUUAUCUGGUGAAAUCCCGAUGAAUAUUGGUCAAAUGUGCCCAAGCUUAACCUUUUUGGAUGUAUCCACGAAUCGUAUCUCUGGGACUAUUCCUACUAGCUUUGGUGAUUUGGGUUCUCUUGUUGCGGUGAAUUUGAGUUGGAAUAUGUUAACAGGAAAUAUACCUAUUGGCUUUAACAAGAUUAAGAAUCUCAAAAACAUUUCACUGUCAGGUAACAAUCUUACGGGUCGAAUUCCCUCCGGCUUGGGAAAGGUGAGCUCUUUAGAAGUUCUUGAACUUUUUUCAAACUCCUUGUCCGGGGAGAUCCCAGACGAUCUUGUAGAGCUUAAAAAUUUAACGACUCUCUUGCUCAACAACAACAAGCUUUCUGGGCCGAUCCCAUCUGGUUUGGCAAACGUGAAGACGAUGUUGAAAUUUAACGUCUCUUUUAAUAACCUGUCAGGGCCGUUGCCAUCAAAUGAUAAUUUGAUGAAAUGCAGUAGUGUUCUUGGAAAUCCAUAUUUACAGUCGUGUAAGAUCUCCCCAAAUUCUUCUCCUGAUCAGCCCCCUGGUAGUGGUUUUGCAAAUCUGUCUGGUUCGCCAGUGUCUGCACCAGAGGGUCGAGGUGGCUUAAAUUCGAUUGCAAUUGCUUCCAUAACAUCUGCGUCUGCUAUAUUUUCGGUUAUGCUAGCUCUCAUGGUUCUGUUCUUCUGCACGAAAUGGCGGCCCAAACCUGGUGCUCAAAAUCGUGGGUCUGUUCGUAAGGAAGUUACGGUUUUUACGGACAUUGGAGUCCCCUUAACGUUUGAGAAUGUUGUUCGGUCCACUGGUAGUUUCAAUGCCAGCAACUGUAUUGGAAAUGGAGGGUUUGGAGCUACUUACAAGGCCGAAAUAUCUCCAGGUUUUUUGGUUGCUAUAAAACGUCUGUCGGUUGGGCGGUUUCAGGGUGUACAACAGUUUGAUGCAGAGAUUAAAACAUUGGGUCGGCUUCGGCACCCAAAUCUAGUGACCUUAAUUGGGUAUCAUGCAAGUGAAACCGAAAUGUUUUUAAUUUACAAUUAUUUACCCGGUGGCAACUUGGAAAGAUUCAUCCAAGAAAGAUCUGUUCGGGCUGUAGAUUGGAGAGUCCUUCACAAGAUCGCGCUCGAUAUUGCUCGUGCACUGGCUUACCUCCAUGACCAAUGUGUUCCUCGUGUCCUUCAUCGUGAUGUGAAACCGAGUAAUAUCUUGCUUGACGAUGAUUUCAAUGCUUAUCUGUCUGAUUUUGGUUUGGCCCGGCUUUUGGGUACCUCUGAGACUCAUGCAACCACCGGGGUUGCUGGAACUUUCGGCUACGUUGCUCCAGAAUACGCAAUGACAUGUCGGGUUUCCGAUAAGGCAGAUGUUUACAGCUAUGGGGUGGUGCUGUUGGAGUUGAUAUCUGACAAGAAAGCAUUGGACCCAUCUUUUUCAUCUUAUGGUAACGGGUUCAACAUUGUGGCUUGGGCUUGUAUGCUUCUACGACAGGGUCAUGCUAAGGAGUUCUUCACAGCAGGGCUAUGGGAUGCAGGCCCACAUGACGACUUAGUGGAGGUGCUUCAUUUGGCAGUGGUUUGCACUGUCGAUUCUUUGUCAACACGACCGACGAUGAAACAAGUUGUACGGAGAUUAAAGCAACUGCAACCUCCGUCUUGUUAGGUAUAGGAGCAGCCAUUUUUGUUUUGUAUAUUUAGGUUAUUAAAGGUUGUAAGGUUGUAAAUUGUAGCAUAGUUUUUCUUCUUGUUGUAUACGUGUAACAGUUCUCGUAUCAUCUCUAUCAUUUGUUCAAUAAAAGCAAAAAAUAGAGAAUUUUUCGGGAUC